UGAAUCCUCAAAUCUAACAUAUUGCCAUCACACACCUACUCCCCCUCUCUACCUACCCCUUUCUCUCUGUCUCAAAUCCAACAUCUAACUAAGAAACCAUUACUCCCAACCACAAGCAAUUCGCUACAAUGUCUAAUGAAUCUUCUGUCCAUGUCGUCAUGUUUCCAAGCGCAGGAAUGGGCCAUCUCACACCAUUCCUAAGACUAGCUUCCUUACUUCUCAACAACCAUUGCAGACUCACUCUCAUCACUCCUCUUCCCACCGUCUCUCACGCCGAAUCACACCUCCUCUCUCACUUCCACUCUUCUUUCCCUCAACUCAACCUCCUCCCAUUCCACCUUCCACCACCACCUUCAUCUCCUCCCACCUCCGUUGACCCUUUCUUCCACCGAGUCCAAACUCUCCGUAACACAAUCACUCACCUUCUCCCUCCUUUGCUCUCUUCACUCUCACCACCCAUCUCUAUCUUCAUCUCUGAUAUCUUCCUUCUUACCCCUCUCGUUUCCAUCACUCAAAAACUCUCUCUUCCUAACUACACCUUGUUCACUUCUUCAGCUGCCAUGUUCUCUUUCUUCUCUCACUUCCCUACUCUUGCUCAGUCAAAAUCUGAUGAGAUUUCGUUUCCAGUUCCAGGUCUUCCGUUUUCACCUUUACCAUAUUCAUCUAUCCCACCUGUUUUUUUCCAACCUACUGCCAUUUUUAGAAACCUUAUAAUGGAAGAUAGUCCUAACCUCACAAAAUUACACGGUGUUUUUCUCAACACGUUUGAAUCACUUGAAUCUCACUCACUAAAAGCUCUUAACAAUGGAGAAGUUCUCAAAAACAUGCCUCCUGUUCAUGCUGUUGGUCCUUUUCUUCCUUUUGAAUUUGAGAAGAAAAAUACGUCAACGCCGUUGAUUAGUUGGCUUGAUGAUCAACCUAUUGGAUCUGUUGUUUAUGUUUGUUUUGGAAGCAGAACAGCUUUGAAAAGAGAACAAAUGAGAGAGAUUGGAGAUGGGCUACUGAGAAGUGGAUACAAAUUUGUGUGGGUUGUUAAGGAUAAGAUAGUUGACAAAGAAGAACAAGAAGUAGGUUUAGAUGAAGUGUUAGGUGUUGAGCAUGUGGAAGGAAUUAAGGAGAAAGGGUUGGUGAUUAAGGAAUGGGUGGACCAAAGUGAGAUUCUUAGUCACAAAAGUGUUGGAGGGUUUGUGAGUCAUUGUGGAUGGAACUCAAUAAUGGAAGCAAGUUUGAAUGGUGUACCAAUAUUGGCUUGGCCACAGCAUGGAGAUCAGAAGAUAAAUGCAGGGUUGGUUGAGAUUAGUGAAUGGGGGAUUUGGAACAAGAGUUGGGGUUGGGGUGGGGAACGUGUAGUGAAAGGGGAUGAAAUUGGAGAUGCUAUAAAGGAAAUGAUGGAGAAUGAAAUGUUGAAAGAUAAAGCAGUGAAGGUUAAAGAGGGAGCUAUGAAAGCUAUUGGUGUUGGUGGAGAUUGUGAGGUUACCAUUCAGAAGCUAAUUCAAAAGUGGAAGAAUAAUGUCAACAAAAAUGUUUGAGGUUUUUUGUUCAAGUUGUAGUGUUCUUUCUUCCAUGUUUUAUUUAUUAGUUGAAAUAUAAGGAAUAAGUGUGUCUCAAAACUUUUAACAAAGAAAUAAUCAGUGUGGCAGGUCAAUAUUAGUUCAGUCAUUUGAUGAAAUUAUUUUAUCACUGCCAAUGUUAGUUAUUUGUUUUUGGCAUAGAGGAGCUAUGUCUAUGAUUAAGAGGAUGGAAGUGUUCCUUGGUAAACUUUGUCUACCAACCAAGAUUAAUCUUUUCUAAUUCAAGCCUCAAAAUAUGAUUAAAGCUUUCCCAUAGCAUCCCAA